UUUCCCAAGAUUCUUUUGCCGUUUAUAAUCAAGGGGGUUAAAAUUUGACGUUUGUCAUUAAACUGUCAAAAAAUGUUAUCCAAAGUAACACGAGAAACCAUUAACAACGCGAUAUUUGACACGAAAACUUGAUAUCGUGACAUAAGAAGACGAUUUGUUACCGCGAUAUUAAUAAAACGAGAGGUAACAAAAAAUUAUGUCUACCCAGGAGACGGUCGAGACCUCCAAAAAUCCAAACAUCCAACAAGAUUUUGCACUUCUACAAGGACUUGAGGCGUCUACAAACUGUAUCGCAUGUCCCGUUUCGCAGGACAAUUCAGGCGAUAUAUUAGAAUGUCUUUCUGUAAUGGUGGACGACGAGGAAUCGGAAAAUGGUCAAGUUCAGGAGCUCGUACUUGACGAUCAAUUACUCGGCACAACAUUCACUGCGAUUACUUUACCCGAUGGCACGCAGGCUUUUGUUACAGAAAACUAUGAAGAAGAUGAAUCCGAAGAGUACAAAGAUGAAGAAUCGGCAUUAGAACUGGAGGGCGGAGGUACAAUUUUGUUGCAAGAUUUGACAGAGUUAACGGAUGCAAAAACGUUGAAAUUUCAACUGGACCCAUCCUCGUUUCUACAAACACAGUUGGCUGCUUCCGAUGAGCAAAGUGAAAAUAGUUACCCACAGGUUGAACUUAUCAAUGGGACUGCGUAUAUGGUCGCUGGUCACGUCGACGUUGAUGAGGGACUGUGGGAGAUUGCGGAAGAAACUUUGAAGGAAGACGAAUCGAAGAAGAUUGUGAUAAAUAAACUGUCCGAAGCAAAAUUGAGGAAUCAACAUCCCUGUCCAAGGGAAGGUUGUACAAAAGUCUACAGUACGCCUCAUCAUUUAAAGGUCCAUGAACGCUCUCACACAGGACAAAGACCCUACAGGUGCUCACAUUCAAAAUGUAAGAAAAGUUUUUCAACUGGGUACAGCCUCAAAGCACAUUUGCGGACACACACUGGUGAAAAGCCAUACAAAUGUCCAACCGACGAUUGUAACAAGAGUUUCAAAACCUCGGGUGAUUUGUUGAAACAUAUUAGGACGCAUACCGGGGAACGACCAUUUGUUUGUCCGUUCGACGGAUGCGGGCGAUCAUUCACCACGAGUAAUAUCAGAAAGGUUCAUGUGAGAACUCAUACCGGGGAGCGACCGUACAAAUGUACACAUCCAAAAUGUGGAAAGGCCUUUGCGAGUGCGACGAAUUACAAAAAUCACAUAAGGAUUCACUCUGGUGAAAAGCCAUACGUUUGUUCAAUCGAAAAUUGCGGCAGACGUUUCACCGAAUAUUCUAGUCUCUACAAACAUCAUUUGGUACACACGCAACAGAGGCCAUUUGAAUGUAAAAUUUGCUUCCGAAGAUACAGGCAAGGAAGCACACUUGUGAUGCAUAAGAGAACAGCCCAUGCAUUAGUUGAAAACGAAGACGGUGUUGACAUUUAUCUGAAGGAUGCUUUAGAUUUGGCUAAUCAAACCAAAGGAAAACGAAAAAUUUCUACUAUACCAAACCAGUUAAUGUUCGAGAUAAAUGGACAAAUCAAGAUAUCAGAUGGAACUGAAAACUCAACAGAUAACGAAACCCAAAUACUUUUAGUUGGCGAUCCGUCGCAAAUUGCUGCACUUCAGCAAAUCGGUUUAGAUGACGGAUUUGACACUGGAAUUGAUACGUCGCUGGAAGGGUUAAACAUAAAGAUUGAAGAUAUAGAAUUUGGAUGGGACUAGUAACUGUAAUAAGUAUACGAAACUGUAAACCCAAAUAAGGUUUGACUUUACUUUGAGUU